UCACCACACAGAGACCCAUAGACUCAUCACCACACAGAGACCCAUAGACUUGAUCCCAUGACGUCACUUCCGUCCCCGCUCCUUCCUCUCCAUCAACCCCUACACAACAUGGCGGCGGCGGUCCAGGCCUCGUUACGUUUCUCGCGGCCUCUGCUACCACCACCACCGCUGCUGCUGCUGCGGCUGCUGCGGCGGCCCCUCUCCUGCGCGGCCCCGUCGCGAUCCUCGCCGCGGCCACGGCCGCAGCCGUCACGGCCGCUCGCGCGCGACGAGAGGCGAGCUUCGGCCCGGCGCCUAGGCCUCGGCAUGCUAGGCCUCGGUCUGGGCUGGAACUUGGCCCGGUUCGCGCGCGUCGGCUCGGCGGGCUGCGCGGGCGAGGCCGAGGCCGCGCCGCCUCGGGAGCCGGGGUCGCCUCGCGCGAGUUUCAACUUCAUAGCGGAUGCGGUGCAGAAAGCGGCUCCUGCCGUGGUUUACAUCGAAAUAUUGGGCAGGCAGGCGUUGACGGGGAAGGAGGUGGCCGUGUCCAGUGGCUCCGGCUUCAUCGUGACCGCCGACGGACUGGUAGUCACCAACGCCCACGUUGUGUCAGCCGCCCGUCGCUCGUUGAUCCGCGUGCGUCUGCAUGGCGGCGAGGAGCUGCGUGCGGACGUGCUGGCGAUGGACGAGCACACGGACGUGGCCCUGCUGAGGGUUCAUGCCGGGCGCGACCUCCCCAUCCUGCCGCUGGGGCGCUCCCGAAACGUCCGCCCGGGCGAGUUUGUGGUGGCUCUGGGCAGCCCAUUCUCACUGCAGAACACCAUCACAGCGGGGAUAGUGAGCUCCGUGCACCGUGGAUCUCGUGAGCUGGGGCUCCACUCGGACAUCGACUACAUCCAGACAGACGCAGCCAUCAACUUCGGCAAUUCCGGAGGGCCGCUGGUGAACUUGGACGGCGAGGUGAUUGGGGUGAACACAAUGAAGGUGACCGCCGGGAUCUCGUUCGCGAUCCCGGCCGAUAGAAUCCAUCAGUUCCUGAUUGACUCGCACGACCAGAUCAAUUCUCUUAAAGCUCCUGUGUCGAAGAAGAAAUACAUUGGGAUUACGAUGCUGACACUCACCCCCAGGAUCCUGAUGGAGCUGCAGCUGAGGGAUUCUUCAUUUCCCAACGUCACUCACGGAGUUCUCAUUCAUAGCGUGAGUCCUAACUCACCAGCCAGCCGUGCCGGGCUCCGCCCUUGGGACGUGGUGGUGGAGGUUGGUGGACGCAAGGUGGAGCGAGUGGAGGACGUCUUCUCCGCCGUGCAGAGCUCCACCACGCUCACCCUUGCCGUGCGGCGGGGGGUGGAGCAGCUCACCCUCACAGUCACCCCCGAAGCUGGCAACUAGACCCAUAGUCACCCAGUCCCAUAGUCACCCAGUCUCAUAGUCACCCAGUCCCAUAGUCACCCCGUCCCAUAGUCACCCAGACCCAUAGUCACCCAGUGCCAUAGUCACCCAGUCCCAUAGUCACCCAGUCACAUAGUCACACAGACCCAUAGUCACCCAGUCCCAUAGUCACCCAGUCCCAUAGUCACCCAGUCCCAUAGUCACCCAGUCUCAUAGUCACCCAGUCCCAUAGUCACCCCGUCCCAUAGUCACCCAGACCCAUAGUCACCCAGUGCCAUAGUCACCCAGUCCCAUAGUCACCCAGUCACAUAGUCACCCAGUCCCAUAGUCACCCAGUCCCAUAGUCACCCAGACCCAUAGUCACCCAGUGCCAUAGUCACCCAGUCCCAUAGUCACCCAGUCCCAUAGUCACCCCGUCCCAUAGUCACCCAGACCCAUAGUCACCCAGUGCCAUAGUCACCCAGUCCCAUAGUCACCCGGCUCCAUAGUCACCCAGUCCCAUAGUCACCCAGUCCCAUAGUCACCCCGUCCCAUAGUCACCCAGACCCAUAGUCACCCAGUGCCAUAGUCACCCAGUCCCAUAGUCACCCAGUACCAUAGUCACCCAGUACCAUAGUCACCCAGACCCAUAGUCACCCAGACCCAUAGUCACCCAGACCCAUAGUCACCCAGUGCCAUAGUCACCCAGCCCCAUAGUCACACAGUCCUAUAGUCAUCCAGUCCCAUAGUCACACAGUCCUAUAGUCACCCAGCGCCAUAGUCACCCGGCCCCAUAGUCACCCAGUCCAAUGGUCACCCAGUCCAAUAGUCACCCAGUCCCUGGGGGAGCUUUGUCUGUGUCUCAGCACUUGCCCCUACAGCCCUGCCAGAGGCUACCUGGGGGAACUUUGUACUCAUCACUUGCCCCUACAUCCCUGCUAGAGGCUACCUGGGGGAGCUUUGUCUGUGUCUCAGCACUUGCCCCUACAGCCCUGCUAGAGGCUACCUGGGGGAGCUUUGUCUGUGUCUCAGCACUUGCCCCUACAGCCCUGCCAGAGGCUACCUGGGGGAGCUUUGUCUGUGUCUCAGCACUUGCCCCUACAGCCCUGCUAGAGGCUACCUGGGGGCGCUUUGUCUGUGUCUCAGCACUUGCCCCUACAGCCCUGCUAGAGGCUACCUGGGGGAGCUUUGUCUUUGUGAUGUGCCCGGUGAUGAGUGGUGAAUAAACGAUUUGAUGCGAAGUUAAA